AUGGCGAUGGCUACUAAAACAAACGCCGAUAAGGCAACUAUUAUGGAACCUCCCAGUUACCCAUAUGCAGACACUCGUCAAAGAGCUAGUAGUAGUUCUGGUUUAGGAACGUCGGCUUCAGCUGCUCCUCCGCCAAAAGCAGACUCUGUACCAUUUGACUUUCAGUCACAACUUGGACACAUGGUUUGGGAAGCUGGGACUAAGCAGGUGCAGGACACCUUCAAAUCCUACGGAAGAAUUGAUUUAUUUCGACCUUAUUUCGACGUGGAACCUAGUCAGGUUCGUAUUCGUCUUCUACGCUCGUUUGUGCCACGUCGACCAUCUCAGAUGGUGACUUCUCCUGAUCUCUAUGGUCCAUCAAUGGUUGUUCUUACAAUGGUUGCGUUACUUCUGUUCAACAUGAAAAGUAGCGGAUAUGUUGUCCCAAAUGGGACACUCAUGGGCACAUCAUUUUUUGCUUGUUUUGGCUCCUGGCUUUCAUUAUCAGGAUUGCUCUAUGUGCUCUGCUUCCUUUUCGGUGCUGAGAUUCCAAUGCUGCAGCUGGUUUCAGUCUUU